CGUUGAUGUUUUCUUCAUAUACAUACAUAGUAACUUUGUUAUCAAAUUUCUCCAAGUUUUGAACAUUAUGGCCAACAAUUUUUGCAAUUACAGAACCCCUGUAAAGCAAUUAUCAAUUAAAUAGAUAUUUGAUCUAAAUAAAAUUUUAUAUGAAAAAUGUCGAAAAAAGAAGCUUUACAUCAACAGAAAAUGUCUAGAAACGAUCGGUUUGCUCAAAUGUCCCACCAAGAAAAAAUAAUUGAGCAAAAAAAGAAAGAAAUACAAGCAAAAUUGGAAGCAAAAAAAAAGAUAUCAGAAAAUGUUCCCCAAGAAGACCCCGCUAAACCAAGUGCUGAAGAAGAAAAGAAGUCCUUGAAUGUAUUUAAUAACGAUGGUUCUUUUCUAAACACAUUCAAAAAUUUAAAAGAAAAGAAAACUGAUACAAAACAGAAAUCCUUCAAAAAUAGAGAAUAUAGUGAUGAUCGUGGUAGCAGACUAUCUAAGUGGGGUCAAAAACAGAGUUGUUCUCCAAAAGAUCGUUCAAAGCCAUUAAAUAGGCUACCUGACAAAAAUUUUUCCUUUGAACAACAAAAAAUAACAAUCAACACUUGCUUCAAAAAUGCUGCAAGUCAUCAGCAUUUUGAUUAUAAAAUAUCGCAACCAUCUGUACCGGAAGCCCAAAGUGAGACACAAAAUAAUCCUAACACCUCUAAACCUACAACUCACACUUCAACAACUUCACAGUUCCCUGAACCUCAAAUUCAUACAGUUGUUCCACCGCAGAAUGAUAUGCAUGUGAUAGUUUCUCAACCUGUUUUGAUUGGCAUACCCCCACUAUCUCAGCUUCAAACUCAUAUGAUGGUGCCAUCCUCAGAUUCUUUGAAUAUACAACCCAUUGUAUUUGAUAAUUUAGCCACAUCCCAGAACCACCUUCAAAUUAACCAAGAUAAUGAAAUUAUAAAUACUCCUUGUUUACCAAAGGUUGAAUUGGCCAAUAUACCUCCACCUAAUCCGAUUCAGGUUCAGAAUAUACCUCAACCAGAUCCUAUCAAUACUUUAAAUAUUCCCCAGCCUGCGCCUAUUCAAGUUCAGAAUAUUCCAACACCUUCUUCGCUUCAAUUAAAUGAAAUACCUAACCCCAAACCAUUAGAUUUGAUGGCUAUUCCCACUCCAAGUGAUAAGAGUCUGUCAGAUGCUGAGUUUUUGAAAAAUAUACCACCUCCGAAUAAAUCUGUUCCUCCACCUAGUUUAGGUGAUGCUCCUAUGAAUAUACCUCCUCCUCCACCUCCUAAUUGCGUUGCUAUGGUAAAUGUGCAGGCUCAACAGAAUAUGAGAAAUUUACCUUCAUCUCAGAGUAUUCUACUGCAUACCAUACCAUCUGUGUCACAGAUUCAAAAUACCUUCACCCCCGUCAUUUCUGUUUCUUUACAACCAAAUUUGGUACCCUCAAGUACAAUUAAUGUGUCCAACACUAUUCCUGCUCUUAUGGCUCAACCUAUUCUCCCUCCACCUGGAUUGUCCUUGAAUUCAGUUCAGCCAGUUAACAUCAGCUGUCCACCUCCUAUUCUCACUUUAAACACGUCCACUGUACAAUUACAAAACCCACCCCCUGGAUAUUUGGGACAAGCUCCGCCUCAACUGAAUCAGAUGCCUCCGAUGAAUAUUCCACCACCACCUCCACCUAUAGUGAAUGUCAUGGGUACUGGUAACAUACCAGAUAUACAUGGUACAGUGUUUCCCCCAGGUACUGCUGAUUAUGAAGCAAUGGCAUCUCUGGCACGUAUGGUGGCACAGUGCGGACCUAGCAUACAGGACGAGGUGCAACAACGUAAAAAGCAAGAUCCUAGUGUGUGGUUCCUCUUUCAUAAAGAAUCCGCUGCCUAUAAGCAAUAUCAACAACUUAUAGAGCAAUUCAAGAAAGAAAUGGCUGACGAAAACUUCAGUAGGACGGGUUACAAAAAGGAGGAAGCAUAUGAACCAGAAGUUGCUUUUGAGGAGGACGACCAAAAUGAUUUACCAGAAAAUUCGAAUAGCAAUUCACUAAGAAAAAGAAGAAGAAGUAGAUGGGGAGAAAAGGUGAAAGAUGUACAGGAACAAGUUAUAGUUCCUCCAGUGAUAGAGGUUCCACUUCCUAUUAACCCACAUCAAGGUCAAGUAAUGCUGUCCAAAGUCACUAGAACAGAUCCUGGUUUGUUGCAAUAUGCAAAGCAAAUAUACAAUCAUCUCAAUCUGACCGACGAAGAAUGGAAAAAGGCAGAGGAUCAUUAUAAAAUUAAUCUUUUAUAUCAAGACAUGGUCAAAAAAAGGGAAGAAGCUGAUAGGUUGAAACUGGCAGGAAAGAAAAAGUAUGAUUAUGAUUCGGAUGAAGAUACAGAUGGAGGAACCUGGGAACAUAAACUCAGGGAGAAGGAAAUGAUGGCGACGCAAUUGUGGGCUGCAGAACUAAACCGACAGGCAGAGGGAAAACACCAUAUAGGAGAUUUUCUGCCUCCAGAAGAGUUUAAGCGCUUCAUGGAGAAGUCCAGUGCAGCAAAAGAAGGCAGGCAAUUGAAUUUGUCAGAUUACAAAGAGUUUAAAAUCAAAGAAGAUAACAUAGGUUUCAAGAUGUUGCAAAAGUUAGGUUGGACUGAAGGAAGUGGUUUGGGAUCUGAGGGUAAAGGCAUAGUAGAACCAGUAAAUAAGGCCACUUCAAGGGAUCAAAACCAAGGCUUAGGCUUGAACUCUGAAGACUUCAAUGAAGACGAUGACGAAUAUGAAUCGUAUAGAAAACGCAUGAUGUUAGCUUACAGGUUCAGGCCAAAUCCCUUGAAUAAUCCUCGACGACCUUACUACUAAUAAGCGACAAGUCUGAAUUCACAUUUUGAGUUAAUCUCCGUUAUGCAGAUUAGUUAUAGAUGACCAUGUGAUUGUGUAAAUAAAAAUAUUUGUAAUCCAA